AUGACGGAAAACGACAACUCCAAAACCUCUGCAUCAACCUCUAAAACAACUGACCUCAAAACUCCUACAUCUCCUCCAAUGGAAAAACUCAACGCUAUGAUUCUGAAGACGGCCAUCGAAGCCAUACCCCUUCUCACACAAGACAACUUCUCCAUGUGGAAUAAUCGAGUCGUCAACUUCCUUGAACUGCAAAAGGUCAAGGAUCAAGUAAUCACUGGCAAGGGAGCUCUCACUGCUGAAGAAGAACUCCAAGUCAGGACCAUUCUAAUGUCUAAACUCGAUCCUUCCGUUCAUUCCAAUGUCAUCAAUCAUGAGAAUGCCACCGAUGCAGUCAAAAUCUGGAAUUCUAUUGUUGACCACUUUGCUUCCACCCAAGCAGCCAAUCGUGCUCGUGUCUGGAACCAUUUCUCUCUUCUUCCCUAUGAAGACUCCAAUAUCGACGGCUUCAUCACACGUGUCAAAUCAGCCAUUGGCCAAAUGCACGAAGUCGGUAUUCAAAUCGACUCUGACGUUAUUGGAUAUGAGAUUCUGAAGAAACUCCCCAAGACUACCGAGCUGAACGGUCUAUCUACUGCUGUUACUCACUCUGGUCUCGAAAUGACUCCUGACCUGGUGUUGGACCAUCUUCGGGUGCAUGGAAACAACAAGAAGAUCUCAUCCUCGGCUGUUCCUUCUCAAGUAACUCUGUUCACCGACGCAUCCGGGAAAUGCAAACCUACCGCGCACAACACUCUACACUACGGGGGUGCUUUUAAGGUUUUGCUUCGAAACGAUGUCCAAAAUGUAUGGACUUGGUGA